AUGUCGGAACAUUUGUUCAAAGCCCUGAAUCCAGGCAUCAAUUGCUAUGCUAUCUUCGCCGGCCAAUGGCUCUGCAUCCAAGGCAUUCCAGUUUAA